AUGCUAUUGUUCCUGGCAGUAAGUUUUGCUAGUUUCCUUACACUCGACACCCAAGCCCAAAUACGCCAUGUCGGUGGUAAAGACGUAUCUGCCCGCCAAUACCCGUUCGUUGCAGCCAUUGCUUACAUGCGCCAACUCGUAGGAAAUGGUGCUAUAAUUACACCAAAAUGGAUUUUAACCGCCGCCAGUGCCGUCUACCAUUAUCCGGACAGUGAGCACAACAGUGGGCUAGGUGCGGACGAUUUCCACGGCAGAGCCGAUUGGCACGAGGUAGGAAAAAUCGUACGACAUCCCGAGUUCAUCGGAUGGGACAAUAACAUCGCAAUGGUGCAAGUACGCGGUACCAUACAGUACAGUGACACCAUACAACCAAUCAACAUUGCUACCAAACUUCCGGAAACCGUUGAAGUGGUGAUGGUAUCUUACGGGAAGAAUGAGCACGAUACGACGCAUCUACGUGCGGCUGCUUACAGCCUGAUCUCGGACAAUGUCGAUUGUAUUAGUCUGCUGAAGGAGUAUUCGGCAAAGGAAGUUAUUUGGCAACAGCAUGGUUUCUGUCUGCUGCCUCCACCCGGUACGGAACAGAGCCAGUGGUACAACGAUGCAGGUGCAUCGAUGGUGGCAAACGGUGAGCUGUACGCAGUGUUUGCGUUUGCUGAGCAUGAAGGAGGAUUGAACGAGGGAUCAGUUGCGACCAGAGUAGCUAGCUUUCUGGGCUGGAUACAGAAUGUCAUGUUUAACCUUAGUUAA